UAGAAUGUGUCGGAGUGGAUCAUUUGAAAUUGUAUUUAGUAGAUGUUAUGUUUAGAAAACGUGAGUUGGGAAAAGGAGCACAGUAAAGUAAGUCAGUUAUGGAUGUGUUUAAUUAUUAUUAUUUUUUUUUAAAUGAUUAUUUUUCCUGAACAGAUUGCAAGGGCAGUGGAAAAUGUGACCCUCCUGUUACUUUGUGAAGGCCAGACCAACAGUAGCCUUGGACAGGAAGAACUAAAGCUGGUACAGACGGACCUGGGGCAAAUCAUAAGGUCGACACUAAGUGUCCUGGUUCAUUUGAACCCAUCACAGCAAACCUCUGACCUUGUUGCCAUGUUCGGAGCUUUGGACACCUUCACUCCAGACAGCCUACAGAGUACUGACUUUGUCCAGGCAUGGGUGAACAUCAGAUUCCUUCCUCUUCUCCCUUACCUGCCCAAUAGCUUCAUGAUUCACCUCAGUCAGAUGAACUUCACCUGUGCAGGCUACCAGGAAAUCAUCAAGGGUCUCAGCCAACAAUUUGGGGUGAUCAAGGCAGAACAACAGAAGAUCAUUUACACCCAUUUCAUCUAUGGGUUCCUGUCAAGAACAGACAGCACAGAUCCUGGCUGCAUCACUGGCACCCUAGGCAGCAAAGACUGGCUUCAGAAGAACUUUGGCGACUUUGCGGUUUACGCGCCACUGGAAGAUCUACAAAAACUCAAUGGCAAUUUCUCCAGCUUUGAGUCUCUGGAACUGCUGACGCCAUCCCAGGCAGCACAGCUGACUCUGACUUCCGGAGCACUGAAUGACUCCACAAAAAUGGAGGCCAUCUUUGAUCGCCUAGAGGAGGGAGAUGCUCUUCAAAAUGUUGACCAGUUUCUGACAGCACUGAGCGUGGCUCCCGAGAUUCCAGAUAUUGCCCCUCCCGUGAGAGACUUUGCCAUGAACCGCACCUUCAACAUCAUCAGCGUUCAUUUCCUGCAGUUUGAGGUAUCUGCCUGGAUCGCCUGGUUCCACGUGAAACUAAUUCCUGUCCUCCCCAGUUUCACUACAGAGAUGCUCACUCAAACCACCGCACAGACAAACUGCACCAACUACCAAGUCAUUGUGAAAGGAAUGGGCAAGGUCUCCAAGAAAAUGCCGCUCACCAGAAGAAAGGGAAUCGCCAACGUCCUUGUGAAACAUCUGAAGCAGUUCUUGGCCACGUUCAACAAAAGAGCCUGCAGACUGGACAUCCAGAAUGAUGCCGAAUGGCUGGAAGUCAACCUGGGUCCAUUCUCCAAAGAAGUAAACUACUCUGCCUUUAAAGAACUGAACAUUACAGGACUGGCAACUUUGGACUCGCUCUCACCGGACCAGAAAGCUGAGUUGGUUCUGGACCCCAGUAGUGGUGCUCUUGAGAAUGUGACUGUCUUGACAGAAGUCUUUGGCAGCAUAGUGGGAUCUCCAGACGAUGGGGAACUCGACCGUUUCUGGGAGGCUUGUGCCGCUGUCACGGCGCAGCAAAACAUCACCUACAUUACCAACGCAGCUGUGAGAGACGUCAUGCUCAACCUGACACUGACGGCCCUGGCUCCCAGAUUCCCCACCUUCCAAACGAGCGACUUUACCCUGUGGUUCCAGGUCAAUCUGGUUGUUCUGCUAGCCAGCGUCCGUCCUGCGAGUCUGAGCGUCAUCCCCCUGAACAUCAGCUGUGACUCUUUCAAAGCCAUAAUCGUGGCUUUUGACGAGUCUUUGAAGACACUUCCAGGGAGCGUUUCAGCAGACCUCCAAUCUAGCCGAGAUUAUCUGGCACAGAGUUUCCCACAAGGCUGUAGACCACCGUAUCCAGUCGGUGUGUGCUCAGAGACAGUUGUCGAUGUGGAGAGUCUUUGCGCCAGCGCCAACACCAUCCCGCUGCAGGAUCACCUGGCCUCUGCAAACUCCUCUGGGACGCUUUGCAAUUUCAGCCUGGGAGACCUUGCGUGCUCCUCGGUGGAAUCUCUAUCAGCGGACAGCUUGGUCACACUGCUGGAGUGCAAACUUCCCAACAGCAACAGUUACCCCAUAGAAACCUGGAAGGCGUUCUUUGCCAAAGUGGCCGGCGUUCUGGAUGAGGCCCUCGUCCGAUAUUCCGACAAGGCCCGGAACCUCACUCAGUCCUUGUCCACGGUUCUCGAUGUGAUAGGAGAGGUCAAACUCAACAAUUUCACUGAAGCACAGUUCAAAGACGAAGCCUUCAUCAGCCGGUGGUUCAACAUCAGACUGGGGCCAUUUUUACCAUCUGUGACCGGCAAAGUUCCUGUCAUGCCUUACCACCAAGAGUUUCAGUUGUGA